AUGUCCGAAGAUCCGCCUACUUCAUCGCGCGCUGGAAUGGACGCAACUGAGCUUAAUGCCAUUCUCAAAAUUCACAAAACCCCCUACGAUCACCUCCCAAACCAACACCAAGUCUGGAACCGCCCCCCAAACUCCCGUUCCGAAGGCCUAGGCCGCCUCAUAAUCCUCACCCCGGAUAUUGUACGUGCCGCAGCAUCAACAUGCAUUCAAACCGGUCAACGAAUCUCUCUAAACUGGGAUUUGACAAAACUCGAAGUCGCGAACUUCAACCGUCAACCGACGCAGCACCAUGUUUUACCGAUCAUGAAUGGGAUUGCGUUUGAUGAUUUGUAUAUCAUUAAUCCGCAGCAGUCUAGUCAAUGGGAUGGAUUGAGGCAUUUUGCCACUCCUGUACCGACGGAAGAUAUGCCCAAGCAAAGAUUAUUCUAUGGUGGUGUAUCGGCGGGACUUCAGCACUGGGCGAAGGAAGGGAUAUGUGGACGAGGUGUAUUACUUGACUAUGUGGAAUAUGCAGCUAGACAUGGCAUCUCCUAUUCCACGUUUUCUGAUCAUUCAAUUUCCCUGGAUGUAUUGAAAGAUAUAGCGAGAGAACAACAGACCGAGUUCAAAUUUGGGGAUAUACUUUUCAUCCGGAUAGGGGUCACGCAUGAAUGGGAUACGAAAAUGACACGAGACGACAAGGCUGCAUACGGAGCAUCUUGCAGCCCCCAGCAUGCAGGCGUUGAAGGCACAGAGGAAAUGCUGCGCUGGAUAUGGGAUACGGGAUUUGCAGCUGUUGCUAGUGAUGCCAUAUCGUUCGAAGUAUACCCUCCUAAACAGAUGUACCCUCGUGGGCAUGGAGAUGGAGCAGUGAAAGGUAUCUUUAUGCAUGAAGUGUUGCUGGCUGGUUGGGGUUUUCCCAUUGGUGAGCUCUUUGAUUUAGAAGACCUUGCUCGGAUUUGUAAAACGGAGAAACGAUGGGAGUUUUUUGUCUCCAGUGCUCCGUUCAAUAUGCCUGGGGGUAUAAGCAGUCCACCAAAUUGUAUAGCCAUUUUCUGAUAUGUAAAGUUAGUCUCCGGCUUCCAAGGUUCAUUAUCAACAUUAUAUAUAGCUCACAUAAGAAUCAGAAAG